UGCUGUUGACACUGGACAGCUGACUGCUCAACACCAACAACAAACCUCGCGUACACUUUAAACUUGUGUGAACAUAAAUUAUAACAUUUUCAAGUAAUCACCUCCCAGAAUGCCCACAUGGAAUCAGAUUCAGCAGCAGCUAAGGCAUGCUAAUAAUCCUGUUGUAUUCUUUGAUAUAACAGUUGGACAAACGGAAAUUGGACGAAUGAUAAUGGAACUGUACGCAGAUGUUUGUCCCAAGACAAGCGAGAAUUUCCGCCAGUUUUGUACUGGAGAGUACCGUAAGGAUGGAGUUCCCAUAGGAUAUAAGGGUGCUUGUUUCCAUCGUGUUAUCAAGGACUUCAUGAUUCAAGGAGGAGACUUUAUGAGGGGUGAUGGGACAGGUACACAGAGCAUAUAUGGUCCAAGCUUUCCAGACGAAAAUUUCAUCCUUAAGCAUGAUGGUCCUGGAUUAUUAUCACUGGCCAAUAGUGGAAAGGAUACUAAUGGUUGCCAGUUCUUCAUCACCUGCUCCAAGUGUGACUUCUUAGAUGGGAAGCACGUGGUGUUUGGAAGAGUGAUUGAUGGCCUCCUGGUGAUGCGUAAAAUAGAAAAUGUUCCAACGGGACCAAACAAUAAACCAAAAAUUCCAGUGAUUAUUUCUCAGUGUGGACAAAUGUGAUAUUCUGAUUUUAAAAAGAAGAAUGCUAGUAGUGUUUGUAAAAAAAAAAUAUUAAAUUUAAUGAAAUAAGUGUACAAUAUAACAACAUUAAAGUUCAUACCUGUUUAGGGUUAGACAAUGUGUUUAUUAAGGACCAAGAUUAUGAAGUACAGGAUACUUUAUUUUUUUUAUGAAGAAAAUGGAAAAGUGACAAUAUGAAGUGGAAAAAAUGCAAUUUGAAGCCUUCAUGAAUGAAAGACAAGGAACUCUGUUUAGCUUGACUGAUAUUAGUACAGUAUUUGUAUAGAUUAAUAUUUUGCACAGAUAUAAAUUUUUUAUGAAAACAUUCUGAGAGUAUGCCACUGUUUCCCUUUAUCAUCAAAUUCAUGUAACUUGUAUACCAGUGAAAAUGCCAAUUAAAUAAACAAACAAUUUAA